ACAGCUGUGCUUAUUUUUUUAGAUCGGAUAAAUCCUUUUUUGCUUAUAUAUUAUCGUUAGAUCAUCUAUUUUUAUUUGCUUUAUCUAGAAGACGACAAUAACAAAAGCAACCGUCAUACACUAAAAUAACUUGCUCGUGCGUUUGAUUUGGCGAAAUAUCUUUUUCAAUAGAUCAUAAAUCAGGAUAUUAUAGAGUUGUCUUUCAUGGAUAGAAUUGUCUGAAAUUUUUGCGACGAACGUUUUAUGAAUUUAGUUCACUGAAUUAGAAAUUUUGAUGUAAACUAGGUACUGGAUUGACUUCAGUGCAUUAUUUAUUUAAAGAUGGCUGAUCACAUUGCACUGGAGAAUAUGGAUUCCAAUAUAACUGAUGGUGAUUCUGAUUAUGAAGAUUUGCCUUCCCCUGAUUUUGAGAUUGAGGAAGUUGAUGAAUCUUGUAACAAUGAAGGUCUUAAGAAAAUGAAUUUUUCUAAAAUUCAUGAUACUCCAGUAAGCUUCAAAGACCCAGAAUUAAACAUGCUGAUACCAGGUUCUUCCAUCAAUGUAAAGAUUAUAGAUAUCGAACGUAGUCCAUCAACACAUAUGAUCAACCCUAACCUGUAUGUAUUGCAGCUACAACAUGGUCCUUAUCAGUGGAUUGUUAAGAAACGUUAUAAACAUUUCCAACACCUACACCAACAACUUCGCCUUUUCAGAACAACUCUCUCUAUACCUAUUCCAACAAAAAAGCAUAAAGCAAGGCGAAAAAGUUGUCGAAAGGUUGAAAAAAGUCGUCUGCCGAGAUUUCCCAAGCGACCAGAUGCUUUACUAACUAAUGAUAAGAUCCCACUUCGAGCUCAACAAUUAGAAGAAUACCUGAAGAAUGUGUUAAGAAUUCCUUUGUAUAGAAAUCAUUAUGAAAUGAUGGAUUUUUUGGAAAUAUGUCCCCUGUCUUUUAUUAAUGAUCUUGGACGGAAAUUGAAAGAAGGACUUGUUCAAAAAAGAUCGGGUGGUCACCGUUCAUCCACUGGAUGCUUCCGUCUUAAGAGAGGAUUUAUAGAUUGGUGUGGACGUUGGAGAUGGAGAUGGUUGCUAAUAAAGGACAGUUGGGUGGCCUAUAUAAAGGCUGAGGAUGGUAGAAUAAGAUCUGUUUUACUUAUGGAUCAAGCAUUUAAUGUUGAGUGUGGAUUCCUAAGCACUGGAAUACACCAUGGAUUGCAAAUAUCUAAUCUUGCAAGACACUUAUUGGUCCGUUGUUGGACUCGCAGAAGGGCUAGAGAAUGGUCAGAAUGUUUACUCAACGCUGCUAAGACAACUGCACACGAUUUUACUCAACCGAAUCGUCAUAGUUCUUUUGUACCCGUUAGAAAUAAUAAUGAAUGCAGGUGGUUUAUUGAUGGAGCAACUUAUUUUGAAGCUGUAGCAGAUGCUUUAGAAAAAGCAAAAGAAGAGAUCUUUAUUGCAGAUUGGUGGUUAAGUCCUGAAAUUUAUAUGAAGAGACCUGUGAUACAGGGAGAAAUUUGGCGGUUAGAUCAUAUUCUUAAAAGGAAAGCUCAACAAGGAGUGAAAGUAUUUGUACUUUUAUACAAGGAAGUAGAAUUAGCUUUAGGAAUCAAUAGUUUGUAUAGCAAACAACAACUUGUGAAUAUGCAUCCAAAUAUUAAGGUACUCCGUCAUCCUGACCAUGUGACUAAUGGUACUUUGCUUUGGGCUCAUCAUGAAAAAAUUGUGUGUAUUGAUCAAAGUUAUGCCUUCCUGGGAGGCAUUGACCUAUGUUAUGGUCGUUGGGAUGAUUAUCAACAUAAACUGACAGAUCUUGGUGGAGUAGCCAGGAGAAUUAGCCAAGGUACAUUGAUGGAAGAAGUAAAGACUAAUCAUAGUAUUUCUGAAACAAUGGUUCAAUUACGUAGGUCUCAUUCCAUGUCUGAAAUUCAGGUAGAAUUAGGAGCAAAAUUGAGUAAUUUGCGUCUUAAAUUAGCCCGCCAUUCUCUCCUUCCUCAGCCCCCUCAAAUUUCAAUAGACAGAAGCACAACAGAUGAUGAAAUUGACUGCCCUGGGAACCUCAAUCCAGUUCAAAUUCAAGUCCAGUCACCAACUCCGACCUCGUCUCAGAUUUUAACACCCUCAUCCGAAGAAGAGAAGAAAAUCCAUGAACCUGAGCUGCUCGAGUAUCCUACAAGCCACUUGAGGGCCCUAGAUAAUGACGAAUGUGCUAAAAAGAAAUAUACUUCAAGGAAACUAAAGGCAAAGAUGGUUAUGCAAGCAGUUGUGCGGUUACAGGGUUUAAAAAAGCAAGCUCACAACAAAUCUUUAGACUCAUUACAAGAUAUUAAAUGUGACAGCUUGGAUCUACCUGAUACAGAUAUGAGAAGAACGAGUAGUGAAGUUGCCUUAAAUGAAUUGGGAUUACAGGGAAAUGCUAAGUUAUGGAUUGGUAAAGACUACAUCAAUUUUAUAAUUAAAGAUUUUGAGCAUCUACAUAAACCUUACCAGGAUCUGAUUGAUCGGCACACAACACCCAGGAUGCCAUGGCACGAUAUUGGAUGUUUUGUUCAAGGAGCAGCUGCCAGGGAUGUUGCCCGACACUUUAUACAAAGAUGGAACUUUACGAAAUUUGAAAAAGCAAAAUAUUAUGACAGAUACCCUUGGCUACUACCAAAAUCAUAUGAAGGAUGUGACAAUAUACCACGUUUACGUAUCAGCUCUACGAAAAAGCUUUUCUGUGCUAAUUGUCAGGUUCUUCGGAGUGUCAGUACUUGGUCAGGUGGUAUAAAAACAAUGGAACAUUCCAUUCAUACUGCUUAUUUAGAUGUGAUACGUAAUGCUAAGCACUAUGUUUAUAUUGAGAACCAAUUCUUUAUUACGCAAGCUGCUGGUCACAAAGAUGUGUUCAAUGGAAUUGGUGAAACACUUUAUCAGCGCAUUUUGCAAGCACAUAAGGAAAAAGAGACCUUUAGAGUGUUUGUUGUCAUGCCCCUGUUACCUGCUUUUGAAGGAGAAAUAGGUACUGGAACUGGUACAGCUAUUCAAGCCAUUACACAUUGGAACUAUGCUUCUAUCUGCCGGGGAGUAGACUCGUUAUAUCAGAGGUUACAGCGAGAAGUUGGUGAUCCCAGCGCAUACAUUACAUUUUAUGGCCUCAGAACUCAUGAUAUUAUAAAUGAAAAAAUUGUAUCUGAACUGGUCUAUGUUCACAGCAAAUUACUGAUCGCUGAUGAUCGAACUGUCAUCAUCGGAUCUGCGAACAUCAACGACAGAAGCCUGUUGGGAAAUCGAGAUAGUGAAAUUGCAAUGAUAUUUGAAGACGUUGAUUUUGAAAAUGCAAUCAUGGAUGGAAAACCAUAUCAAGCGGGUCAUUUUGCUUGCAGUUUAAGACGAACCCUGUUUAGAGAACAUUUAGGACUUCUAGAUAAAAGUUGCAAGACUAUUGAUAUCCGUGACCCAGUCAGUGAGACCUUUUAUAAAGAAGUCUGGAUUAAAACUGCUGCUUUAAACACUUCCAUUUAUGAAAAGGUAUUCCGCUGCAUUCCCUCUGAUGAAGUUCGAAGCUUUUCUGAACUCAAGGAAUAUCUUAGCAAACCAGGUAUGGUGAUAUCUGACCCAUCUUCAGCUAGCAGUUUACUCUCCAAUGUCCAGGGACAUUUGGUACUCUUGCCAUUUUUCUUUCUCUGUAAUGAAAACUUAACUCCAUCUGCUCGAACUAAAGAAUCUCUUAUGCCUGUCUGCCUUUGGACAUAGAUCAUUAUAAGAAACUAUAUUAUUUCUUUAUCACUAAUAAGUUUACAAUUAUUUUUGUUUAUGAAUCUGUUUUUUUUUUGACAAUAAUUUUCAAGGAACUUUUCUAAAAACCUUUGGCUCCAAUUCAGAUGUUUGUUGGCAGAUAAUUAUAAAUUAUGAAAAGUAUAAUGAUCAAUGUCACCUUUUAAUUACCUCAAUGUGUGAUUUAAUUAAAUAAAAAGUCUUCCAAUUCGAAAAUUUAAUAUUUUUGCAAAAUUUCUUGACCAUUCUGGAACAUGACAAGUCAAUAAAUUGUUUUUGAUACUGUUAAAGAUCCAGAAUUAAUUUCUUCUCUGAACUUUAAUUUCGAAUUUAUUUAGAUAUCAGAAUGCAAUUGUUUUUCAUGUUCGUUUUUAUACUUAUGUUUCCAACUUAUGACAAAAACUUUUGAUUUUUUGUUUAUAAUUUCUAUUUUAUUAUUUCUUAAUACAACUAUAUAAACCAUAGUGUAAAUACUUUAUGUAUGUUACACUACCUUUUGGCUUAUUACCUGAUAGUUUUGGUUUGUAAAUUUCACUAUAUAUAACUAAACUGAGAAUAUUUGCUUUAAAAACAAAUAAAUCGAAAAUCUGAACGCUUUUAGUGAAAUGAUAACGAAUUUUUCCUGAAUUCCUAUUAUUUUUGUUUCUCUGGCUUGCUGUAAAUAAUAUUUUAGAUAAAUUUCUUGGAAACUCGAUCAUUUAAAUAAAUUAAAAGUAAUAUAUCAUUGAUUAAAAAUGGCAAUCAUUUUUAUGAAAAUUUUUAGAUUUAAUUUUGAUUAACUGGAAUAGUAAGGAAUUAAAAAAAAAUGUUUUUCAAUUUAUUCCAAUAAAGAAUGUACAAAGAUUAGCUCUAAAGAAUCCUCUGUAAUAUUUAAAAAAUUUUAAUUGCUCAUGUUAUCUAGAAUAGAUUCUUGUUAAUGUAUAUAUGUUAUCUUAUAUUAAUUACGUUUUCUGAAACAGUUUUAAAGUCUAAUUAUUUUCCCUCUUGUUAGAGAUACUGAAGAAAUCUCUUUGUUUCCCCUUGAUCUUUAUAUAUAUUGUGAUAACAUGUUUUUGUUAAAAUGGAAGUUUUGUAUUAAUUAUAGUUAAAUGUUAAGUAGAAUUGUUAAUUAAUGAAGAAACUUUGUUGUUGUUAUACAGAGUUGUUAUGUAGUAGUCGCCUUAAUUAUAUCUGCCUGUUUUUUUAAGCCUUGCCAAAAAAUGAAAGAAAAAUCUACACAUUAGUUGUCGCUAAUUAAUAAUUUCAAUAGCAUUUUUGUUUUUUCCUUACUUAAUUAUUAGUUUUUGACUUUUAAUAUGUAUAAUAAUUUUUACUCUAUUUUUGUUGCGGAUUUUAAAAAUAUAGGUUAAAAACGGUUACUACACAGCAGUCUGUUUUAUUGAUAUUGUUGAUAUUCAUGCGUUCUACAAGUGUUAAAGUUACAUUACGAAAGCAUUGUGAAAGUUUUUGGAAAAAAAAUCGGGGUUACCAGGAUAUUUGAGAGGCCUUGAAUUUUGUUAGAAAAAUUGGAGCCUCGAAAAAGUUUUGAAUUUUACGAUAGAGUGUCCCAAAAGUUUUUAAUUUUCGCAAAAUAAUUUUCAAAAAAUAACUAAAUAAAUAAAAAUAAUAUCUUUCGUACGGAAAAACAUGAAAUAAAGCUUAAAAUGGAAGUGAUAGAUAUUCAGAUUACAUCCCAUCUCUAUGCUGUUUUGUUUGCUGAAAAGUUAACUAAGCGAGAGUCUAGGAGUCUGAUUUAACUUAGAAAAAGACCAUUUUCCUUCUUUCUUUCUUUCCUGUGAUUGGAUGACAAAAUGCAAGUAAGGUGUGGGGGAAACCAAAAGUGAAAUUUUUUUUUAACCAGACCACGUCUAGUAUUAGCCACUUAUAACCACGUGUAGCAUGCAUUAAUUUUCUAGCAGUUUUUUUAAAACUGUUUUUUAUUUUAUUAAGGUGCAAAAAUUAAAUAUUAUUAUUUUGAUUUGGGUGGAAAAGGAGCCAAAUUCCCACAUUUUUUCCUUUUCCAAUACCUGGUGAUUUCUGAUCAAUGCAAUUUUUAAUGCUAUCAAUUAUGAAAUGUAAAGAAAUUUGCACUGAAAAAAUUUUAUGAGAAUUUUUUGUGUUUUUGUUUCAUUUUAAAUGUAUUUAUUGUUGUCUUAAUUUCAUUAUUACGGCGGGCUACUACUGUUAUCCUUCAUAUAAUUAAUUUUUGAAAUACGGAUCAUUAAUUUUUUUAUUGUUUAUGUCCAAAUUUUUACAUUUAGUUUUUACCAUUAAUAUAUAAAAAUAUAAAAUUUAGUUUUUCAGAUUCCCCGAAUUUUCAAUAAGACAUCAUGAUUCUCAUUAAAAUGAUAAAUGAUUUAUACAUCAGGAUUCGUAUUAAGUGCUCUACAAAUCGCGAUGUGCUUAAAAGUUUUCAAGUAAUCACACAUCAGGAUUCGCAUGAAAGGAAUUUACAAAACAUGUGUCAAAGAUUGCAUUAUAGUGAAUUGCAAAUCAUGCAUUGCAAUUCUCAUUUAAGUGAUUUAUGAAUCACGCUUUAAGAUUCUAGUAUUAGAAGAAUUUAAAUAUUGUGCACUGCGACUCGCAUAAGAUGCAUUUCAGAAUUACCAUUCAUGAUUAAGGAUUUGAUUUUAAUUGCUUAUUGAAUCAAAAACCGCUAUUGGUAUUAAAAUGUUUACCAAAUAAAGCAUCGCUAUUUAUAUAAAAAUGAUUAACGAAUCACACAUUGUGUUUCGCAUUAAAAUGAUUGGCGAAUCAUUCAAGACGUUUCACAUUAACCAUGCAUCACAAUUUAUGAUUUGUUAAUUUGUGCAUUUUAUCAAUUUGUAUCAUUUGCUCUUCAUACUAAACAUUUAUCGCUAUUAAAUUUCAAUAUUCAAGUCACACAUUGGGAUAUCUAAUUUAAGCAAUCUUCGAGUCUUUUUGCUUCAUAUAAAUUUGAUUUAACUCCUGAACAAUCGGUUAAUUUUCAAGAAAAUUGUCAUAAAAAUGCCUGUUUUUUCAUACCCGUAUAUUGUACGCGUAUUGAUUAGUGCUGCCAUCUAUUUUAAAAUAAACUGUUUACAAUUACCUUAAAAAUAUCCUGGUACUGCCAUCUGGUGUGUAAAAUGAGAAAUAAAAUGCUUUCUGGUCAAAAGAAAUGAAUUAAUUUUAUUCUUAUUGGCACGUUACUACUGAACACUCCAACCCGGAAGCAUCACGGGAGCGAGAAAUAGAGGGCAAAACCUUACCCUGUCAUUUUCAUGGGAGGGAGAAGGAAGGGGUUAAUGUAUCACAUCGCGAUUCAUAUACAUGUGAUUAAAAAAUUACUCACAGUGAAUCACAGUCACAAAAUUUCAAAAAUCAUCUCAUUAUCUAUUUUUUAAAAAAUAAAGCUUUUAAGCCUUAGUUUGUUAUCUGUAAAAUAUUGCAUUACAACAAAUUUUGUUAUAAAAAUGCAUAACUGAUAUCCUGAGAUAACAAAAAUAGAUAGUGUGUUUAUCAACUUGAAACAGAUCUGCUAAAAUGAUACAUUUUGGUAAAUUAACUAAUAAUUAGUAAUGAUUUGAUGUAUUAACUUGCUCAUUUUCUAUAAUAAAAUUUUAUUUAACUAAUUAAAAGUCUUAACAUAAUAAAUUAUUUGUUAUUAUGUUUGUGUAAUGUAAUAUUAUUUUUGAAUUAAUUUUAUGCUUCGUUAAAUUUUUCAUGAAAAGUUUCAUUGAUGCUAAUUUUUAAAAUUGCAAGCAUACAAUUGUUAAUUGAAAUUGUUUUUUGAUAGUCUUCAAACUUAUUUGAAGCAGAAACAUAACUAUCUGAUACUGAUGCAUAACUGACAAACAUAACUGAUUUGAGCAGUAACAUAAAGCAUAGCUGGGGGCUACACAUAUUAAACAAUGCUGCAACUAUUAAACUAUUUAAAAUUGAUGAACUUAAUGUAUAAAUUCUUUUUUUGUUGUUGUCAACUAAGCAUUGUGCUUUUAAAAUAUAGAAUUUCUAUGUAAUUAUAAAAUCUGUUUGAUAACAUACUAACUAUAUUAGUAGUAGGACUUACUGAGGGCCCUAAACACAGAGGUCCCUUACUUUUAACCAAAUUUACAUGUUGUUUAAUUAUGAAAAGCUUUUAAAUUAUUUACAGCAUAAGUAAAUUACAAUAAAUUAGUAAAUUUAAGGUAAUUCUAAUUUAAAUUUUUGUUAGCUAUGUAUAUGCAUAUUAGUUGAAAUCUAUUUUCAUAUUAUAAUAUGCGAUACUCUAACCACUUAUCUAAUUGUCUUAAAAUAUGUCUAUGUGUUAAAUUUGUAGUUUGCCAUAUAACAAAACAAAACAAAUCCAUAAGUAUGUACCAAAAAAUUUGUGUGUACCAUUUACAUACAUAAAAACUUUGAAACUACCUCAAUAAAAUUUUGACGAAAGCUUUCUCAUUAACCCUAUGUGCCUAAAAUACUUUUAGAUAUUUUUUUACUAAAAUACUUUUUAAAAAAAAUUGGUAGCAAUGGUAUUUUAUUAUAAAAAAUUUUUCAAAAGCAAUAUAGAUAUAUUUAUCAUUAUGUAUUAUUAAUAUAAACAUUUAUAUGUUGUUUACUCGUAGCCCAGUACUUUUCUAAAGCUAAAGUGGUAGACAAUUGGAAGAAAUAUCCACUUUGUAUAAACAAAAAUCUACUGCUGCUUUUUUGCGUUUUUUCUUCAUACAUUGAUCAUAUUUAAUGAUCAGUAAUAGGUUAUUCAAUAACUUAUUCACAUCAUAACUUGCUUAAACAAAACCAGAGGUAAUUUUUGUGUUUAAGAUAAUGUAUUAAUUGUCUAAACUUGUAUACAAGAUUGUAUUUUUUUAUUUUAAUAUGUGAGCUGAAACAAUUUUUUAAAAGAAAGAUGCAAAAACAGAAGAUGCAAGUUUUUACUAAUAUUAUUUUAAAUUCAACUUCUAAUGACACUGUAUCUAAUUAGAAUCUUUAAUAUUUUUAGUAACAGAAACCCAUUUAAUGUAUAUAUCCUAAAAAAAUAUUUAAAUUAAAAUAUUUUAAUAUGUCUGAACUCUGUCUUCAUUUUAUAUAAAAAAUACAGUGACAAAAACUAAUUUUGCAAACUUGAUGUGACUUUUAAAUGCUUUUAAUUAAUCAGUAUUUUUGUACUUCUGCUCAAAUAUUACUAGGCAGCUUCUAACAAAAUUAUCUUGGCUGUACUUCAAUUUUGCAUGAAAGUACUUACAGAUGUGGUGUAUUUACGUACUGAACUUUUGUUCUUUUUCUGUAGUAAUUAUUCUUCCAGCAUGGCAUGUUCUUAACAAUGAGUCGAUUUACAAUAAAAUUUAGAAGAGAUCUGAGUAAAUAACGUGUUGUAGUGAUACAAUAGAAAAUGAGAAAAUUAUGAAGCGCUUGAGCAUUGUGCUGGGUAUCUCAAAAUGAUUGAUGAUCUGUAAAAUUAAUUUUUGAAAAGUUGAAGGUGAGGAAAAAGUAUAAAUUUGCUGUGUUCUGCAUAGAAUUUUUGAAUUUAUUCUCGCUAAAUUUCAAAAUUAAUUGUAAAGUUUGAGGGAAGAUGAGGCUGCUGGCUGAGAAAAAAAAACAUUUUUUUCUGCUGCUUGUUUGAUAUUUUAAAGAGUAAUGAUUACUGUGGCAUUUGUUAAUUUUGUUUUUAGACGCAGACGGAUCCAAAUAGUGGCUGUUUUGAAAACAUUGUUUCAUAGUUUUUCUUUCUUAGCAGUGCCACCUGUUGUUGAAAUGUGCUACUAAAUUUGAAAUUUGGUGAGAAUAAAUUUUUUGGUUUCCUAAAAGGACAUAGUAAAAUGUUUAUUUAUAUCUUUUGUUUUUCAAUUUUUCAAAACAGACACUGUGUUGGUUUAAAGUUCCAGUAUGCAUUACUACACACUGUUAUUAUUCUCAAAUCACCUUAUUUUUGGAUGGAAAUUAAUGAAAAUUAUGUUCAGUCUACAGAUCCUGGCAUGUUUGCGUGGUUUUUUUCACAAAAAUUUCACUUAACAUGUUCAUUUUUUCUGCUCUUCAGUGUAACCUUACUAAAGCUUUUCUAGUCUAUUGAUACUUUUAAACCUAGUCUUUUCUGUUGCCAUUUAUAAUCCUUUCAUUUCUGUAAAAAAAAAAAUUUGUUCGCCUUAACAUACCAUUGUCCAGUUUUAUAUUUCCUUUCUUGGAAACUUGACUCAAUUUGUUCUUUCAUUAUGUAUUAUGAGUGUUUGUUGUUUUAACUCCCUUUUACUCAUUUAGAUUUAAAACAAAAUCAUUCAAUAUUUUAAAACUUCAGUUAUUCGUAUUGAGAUUACAAAGGGCAUUUUUUGCAGUAGAAAAUGACUGUGAUAUAUAUACAUAUUUGACAAUAGGUCUUUUUAUACUAUGAAAUCUGUUAUGCUAUUUUCUAAUCAUAGCACAAUGUUAGCAAUCAAUGUUUAUUGUGUGUUUAAUAAUUAAAUUUUGUAUUUAUUGCUCAAAAUUUAUUCAUUUCUUUUUAUUAAUAAUGUGAAGUUUCUUCCUGUUAUAUACUAUUUGAUUUGGUGCUGUUUUUUCUCCGGAGGAUUGUUUAGUUCAUUUUAGGAUAUAUUAGAAUCAUUCUGAGAGAAUUCAUCAUAUUCACAAUUAUACUAAUGUAACUAUACAUUAAAUAUGCAUGCAUAUUCAUUUUAAAACAUGUUAUACAUUUUUAUUUUUAAACAAGAUAAUCAAAUAUUAUAUUUGUUGAAUCUCAUGUAUUUUGUUUUCAAAGUAUUUAACUAUCAUUUUUAUGUACAUUAUUUCUUUCUUAUAUCUCACAAAGUUUAAUAAAAUUGUUAAUAGUAGAACUCUUUUAGUAAUAUAUUAUGAAAUGCUAGAUUUGGUGCUAUUAAAAAAUAAUAAUUGACGUAAUGUAUAUGUUUUUUUUUUUAAAUUCUUCAAAAACAUGUUUAAUUUAUUAUUUUUAAAUAUUAUAUGCUUUCCUGAACAUUUCAAUCAGUAGUCUUCAAAUUAAGAAGAAAAAAAAAAGACUGUUAGUUCAUAAAAGAUUGUCAAACUUGAAAACUUAUUUGUUAAGUUCAAUUUUUAUUUAUUAACUUCGAUUGUGAUAAAAAAAUUAAAAAGAAAAUUUUUGAAUUGAGAAUUUCAAAAUUGUUUUAAAGGCAAGUAGCGGUGAAUAAAAUCUUGAUAGAAAUCCCCCCCCCUGUGGAUUAUGAAUAUGAUUGGGACAAGAAUGCUCCUCUCCCUAUUUUCAAUGUUAUAGCGAAAUUUUUCCUUAUUUCAUUUCAUUGCUUAGCAACCAUAGAGUUUAAAUCAAAGAAUUUUAUUAAACUCAUCUCAUUGGGAUUGUUUCCUAUUUAUCGGCACAGAUUAAAAAUGUCUCUGUUGAGACAUGAGGUCCUAUAAUCAAAAGCCACAUUGCCUUGAAAUUGAUAUUUAUUCUUUCUUGACCAGUCAUUCAUUUAAGUAUAAGUUUUCAAAAUAUAAUUAGAAUAAAAUUUUUGUUCUUUGCAAAUAAUUUAUUACUGUGUAAAAUUUGUCAUACUUACUCAUUAGCAACAGGUAAAUUCUGGUUCGAUCAUGCUGUAGAAUUUUGCAGCUAUCGAUAAAAAAAAUUAUUGACGGAUGAAAACAUUACGAAAAUUUAUAAAUAUAAAAUAAAUGAGCAAGAACUUUUUAGUUAGCAAAUGAAAAGUUCUUGGUUACAUGCAAUAAAAGUUACAUCAACUUGGGAGCAUAUUCUAAAAAGAAAGGGAUACUUAUUUACCCUGUCACAUUACUAUAUUUCAGUAGUUGCAAUAUUGUUAAAAAAAAUUCCCUGGGGGAAGUGGGUGGUAAAAAAUGGAAAUGAUUUCAAUAAUAAUUCAAAAUUUACAGUUUAAAUUUUUUUAAUUAUUUCCCUAGAGUAAAAAAAAGAAAAAAAAUCGUAAAUAUUAAAUUAAAUACUCAUACGCACAUUUACAUAUCAUAUUUUAUUAGGUUUAUUUAUCAUAUAAGACUUACAGUGAAUUAUGAUUAGUAUUUCCUUAAACUUUCAAGUUCAAAGAUUUAAUUGAACUUGAGAGUUUAAUUAAAUCAUUUUGUUAUACUUUUAAUAUGAGUCAGCUAUUUCUUUAUUAUUAGAGACCAAAUUUAGCAUUUCAUUUAUAAAAUGAGAAAAAUCUGAAUUUAUUAUAUAAAUGCUAAUAAAACUAUUUUAUUUCAAUUACUAAUGUAAAAGUCAAAUUUGUUUAUUAUUGUUGGUGGAUUGUAUAUUACCGUAUAUUUGACUAAACUGUUGUUGUAUUCCAUAUUAUAUACUGAAAUAAAUAUCAUACUAUUUCAUUUUA